AUGAAAAAUAUAUUGAGUUAUUUUUACGGAUCAUCUGUAAUUGUUAUUAACUACAGUAGGAAAGCAAAAGUACUGAAGUUAAAGAUCCCAAACUUGAUUAACAAUUUGAAACAUUUAUUUUUGAAUUUACUUCGAAUGAAUAUUUCCCUCUCUAUGAGAAAUGGACCAAGGGAGAGGAAUAAGAAUACAUAGGUCCUUUGUUAUUCUUAAUUUAGAUUUCAAGUUGUAAGACAUAGAGGAUAUUUAUUUAAAUAACUACGACUAAUAGCUAAAAUUUUAAUAGGAGGAGACAAACUUAAUAGAUUAUAUUGUAUAAGAAGAUGACACUCUAUUCGGAUUAGAAUUGAAAUUCAAUAUUAGGUAAUCAAAAUGUUAAUUCCGAAGUUAGAAUAGGAUUUUAAAAAUAAAUGAUAUUUCACCAGAGUGCUUUGUCCCUGGAAUGAGAAUUAAAGUUCCUGCUGUCUAAUAAGAACAAAGUCAACCUUACUUUUAAGAAAGUGAAAUUAAUGAUUUGCAAUUGAAUUAGUCCUCUUUUUAUGGCAGAAACUUGAUGGAUGAAAUCAUGUCCAGAGGAUAAACAAAAAAAUGUAUAUUCCAUUUUAAUUGAAAGUCAAUGUUUAUUACGUGACUAAUUAUGGUUGUAUAGAAGGAGUGUUAACAGUGAAUAGCGAUGUCAUAUUAUUUGAUCCUAGUUUUGUAGAUAGGAACAAAGAAUUAGUUUAAAAGUGUCAUAGUAAAUAUCCAAUUUAAUUCAUUCUAGAAUAAAGUAUUCUCAAUUUUUAGGCUUGUCUUAUGACUGAAGACGUGAUAUCAGUUGAUUUAAAUGAAUUGCCUAUGAGAAUUGCAAAAUCUACUUCAAAAUGCUUCAAAGACUACUUAGUGAUGGUGCAUAUAAGUGCGAAUGUUUCCUGUAAGAAAUUACUUGAAGUGUUGCCCAUUCUGACUUUCAGAGUAAGUGUUUACAAAUUACAUCUAUAGAUUUAAAAUGAUGAGGAUCAAAAGGAAUUCAAAGUUCAAAGUAUAGAUUUAUGUGAGACUUUGGCUGAUGUUGUUAAAACAAAAUCAGAAAGGAUGUUAGAUGAAUAGAAGAAGAAGGAACAAGAUUUAACCAUCAUUCCUUUUUAUGAUGUUUAGGAUGCUACAUUAAUUGAGAAAUUCAUAGAAAGAACUAAUUAACUUUGGGGAGGAUAGGAUUUCAUUCCAUAGAUGGUUUCAGAUUCUUAAGUUAUGGACAAUGAUGAAAUGAUUUAAGUAAUUGUUAUAAUUAGUAUUAAUUAGAUAAUUGCAAAUGUUCCAUCUAUAUUUAAAACAUCCAAUUGGAAAUUAAUUUUUUCAAAUGUUAUACAUGGCUCAUCUUUCUUGACAUUGCUUAAUAAUUGUGAAAACCAUUCUCCAUUAAUUUUAGCAAUUAAAGAUUUUAAUGAAUGCAAGUUUGGAGCAUAUCUAAAUGAAUCUCCAUAAUUAACAUUUGGAAAGUUCUUUGGAAAUGGAGAAACCUUCCUUUGGACUUUUAAAGUAUUGACUUUAUGAAUAACUUUAGGAUAAUAAUUUCAAAACGUAUAAUUGGGCUGAAACUAACAAUUACUUCAUAUUUUGUGAAUCAGAUGGGUUGGCAGUUGGAUGUGGAGAAAAGUUCGGUUUAUAUGUCAAUCAUUCUUUGAUGCAUGGAAACACCAAUAAAUGCGAGACUUACAAAAACGAAAUUUUGUCAAACUCUAACGAUUUUAGUAUAUAGAUACUUGAAAUCUGGGGAUUAAGUGAAUGA